GGAAAUGCAGUUAAGAAAAGCUGCAGCACACUGACUGCACACAUUAAAAUGACUGAAUUAAAAAAGGAGGAAGGACACCGGCUUGCAAUAGUGACAUACUUUAGUUUAUAACGUACUGUUAUGCACAACAAUGGCAAACAUUUGAUUAAAGCAUCUGUUGUAGGUGUUGACUUUAUAGAGCAAAAAUACAGUAAGUUAACGUUAACUCUAUUGGCACUUUUGAAAGAGGUGAUCGCCAGAUUUCAUCACUAACGUAAGAAUGCAAAACAUUUGUAAUUUUAGCCUGUGUGGGUAGCACUGUGUAUCUUUUAAGUAUUUAAGUUAAUUUGCAUUGUAAAUCUAAAAGUGUGUAUAUUUAAUAGUUAAUAUAAGUUACCGCAGCAUGUUGGAUUAGUAAUGCAAAUACAACAUAGUUUAGUAGAGUAAAAGUCAGUGGGGCUUGUUUACACCUCUGUAAGGACUCGUGUAAAAAUGCCACGUUAUAUGGUGCUCUGAAAUGCUCGAAAACGGAAUUGUGUGUUAUAAAGUGUCCGCCUGUGCCACACGGUGACAAAACUGGCUGUUUUAAGCACUGACGUGUCCUUGGGCGUGCGUUCAGCGCCAGAACUGCAGACACAUUUGCCUUGGAGCCUCCCAAUAUCAUUGAGGGGAGUCAGCCGUCAACCUUUUGAGUUUCAGUCACAAACAUGUCAAGAAGCAGUCGAAGGUCCAAAGCUCUGCACGCGAAUGACGGAGGCGCGCUGGCCGCGUGUCAUUCGAUGAAAGCCGGGCGGGUGCGCGUGCUGCUGCUGUGUCUGUGUGGCGUGCUAUCGCUGUCCGUGAUUUUCGGGCUGUACCUGUCUGCAGAUCCCGGAACUCAGCAGCAUCAUGUUGGACACCUCGUUAAAGACAGGCUUUCUCAUAAGCCAAGUAAGUACAGUGUGGCACAAUUCAAGAAGUUUGCAGCUCAGGUGAAUGGACAACGGCUUUGGGAAACUUAUCUGCGCCCCCUACUUAUUCAGAGAGUUCCUGGAACAGCAGGCAGUCGGAUCAUACAGCAGCAUAUCCGGUCCCAGCUGACUUCACUUUCCGCGGGAUGGACAGUAGAGAAGAAUUCUUUUGUUUCACCCACCCCGAAGGGUGACGUGACCUUCACCAAUGUGCUGGCAGUGCUGGACCCCUUAGCUCCUCGCAGGCUGCUUCUAGCAUGCCAUCACGACUCAAAAAUCUUACCUUCAGAUCCUAGAAACCCUGAGCGGGUGUUUGUGGGUGCAAGUGAUUCAGCCGUACCCUGCGCUAUGAUCCUGGAGGUGGCAGCCGCUUUGGACACACAACUUAAAGCCCUCAAAGAGCAGCGGUCUGCUGUGACAUUGCAGCUAGUGUUUUUUGAUGGAGAAGAGGCGUUUGAGGAAUGGACAGACAAAGACUCUCUUUAUGGUUCUCGUCACCUGGCUGAACUCAUGGACCGAACACCCCAUCCUCCUGGAUCCAAAGAAACCACUCUUAUUCAGGCAGUGGAUCUGUUAGUCUUAUUGGACCUGCUUGGUGCGCCGGAUCCAUUAAUUGUCAGUCACUUUGAUAACACGGCUAGAUGGUUUGACCGACUGAUCGCUGCAGAGAAGAGACUCCACAAACAGGGCUUGCUGACAUCUCACCCAAAAGAACAAAGUUACUUCAGGAAAGACUUUUAUCUUGGUCCAGUGCAGGAUGACCACAUCCCAUUUCUGAACAGGGGUGUACCUGUGCUCCAUGUGAUCCCUACACCAUUUCCUCAGUUCUGGCACACACUGGACGACACAGAGGAGAAGAUGCACAGACCCACAGUGGAAAAUCUUACCAGAAUUCUGGCCAUAUUCGUAGCUGAGUACCUGAGCCUCUAAACGCAUUUUCAUCCUACAGCAGACAUUUACUCGCAUGUCCAUGACUCCCAUGGGUCAUGUGAUCAUGUGGGUCAUGUAGGAGUUAAUAAUAAUGAGCCAUAAAUCAAAAAGGCACACAAUAUAAUGCAGUGUGUUUAUUUGGACUGUGAAUGCUACAUCCUGAAGAUGAAAAUAAUUCAUUUAUUUUUCUGCUGAAAAGAGCCAUAAAAGUCAUAACAGGUCAAUGUUAUGAUAUGGCAGCUGUAAAUAAGCCCUAUUAAGAAUGUCAAUCUUAGAGGGUUUUGUUUCAGGCACUGUUACAAAAUAUUAUUGUAUAAAAAUCCACCAUACUGUUAUAUCUCAAUUACUUGAUUUUAAAUUCUACUAUGGUACAAUAUCUUUACACUAUCCAGUCAUUAAUUUUUAUUGAAACACUGCUUUUAAAAUCAAAGACAGAUUAGAACACAAAAAAUGGGCAGAAUGAAAAAGAUUUCAUGUUGCGACAAAUUAGUAUAUUAAUUUAUAAUGGUAACUUCUGAAUAACUUUGUGAAAUAGUCUGACACAGUUCAUAAUAAACUAAGGGGAAAAAUG